UAACAAGGAAACGAAUUUAUUAACUGUCUUCUUUAAGAGCACCUCGAAAAUUAUUCAACUCGAUUUCGUGCUGACAAAGAACUGCAAAUUCACGAGAACAAUUUUCGCAGUUGCGGUGAUUUUGAAGAUGGUACGAGGCUUUGCGCAUUUAGUUUGCGCGUAGACGGUAUUACACUGGCUGGGUUUGCCCAUCUUACAAAUAUUUAUUGAAAUGGAAUCAAAUUUGGGAAAGGAUGCCCCCGACUCCCCGACUCAUUGGAAGAAAGACGACAGAGAAUCGAUCGGCAACGAAGGCGUGAAUUUCGCAACAGACGGGCAAACGCCGCCUCUCAAACGCGAGGAUAGACCAGUUUCGAGGCGUGGAAUGGCUUCAAGACAAAGUCAAAACAUGGAAGAGAGACCUUUCACGCAACAAAGUGGAGGGCGACCUGUAACUUCGGGACGUUCUUCUGGUUACCGAACACCCUCUGCUUCAGUGUUUGCUUCCCGUGGAUCAGUAGUUCCAGGAACUGCUUCUCGUCUCACUUCUGCCAUGAGACAAUCUCCAGUAUCAAGGAUUGGUACUGCAAUUACUUUUGCCGGAGCACAGGUUAGUGUUGUGGAUCGGCCCAUCACUCAACAAGGAUUAAGUGGUUUACGAACAGGUGUUCGAGGACCUCAAAUGAGGCAGGUUCAAGAUAAACGAUAUUUUGAAGGGCUGCUGCAGACUAAGAUUCGUGACUUAAGUAAUGAAAUAACACGCUUGGGAAAGGAUAUUGAAACUCAACAGCGAGAGCAAGCAACAUUCUUGGUGUAUGAUAAAAGAGUGAAAGAAAUGGCAGCAGAACUAACAGGUUUGCGCAUUUCAAGAUAGUAUUUAGAUGUGAAAGACAGAUAAUAAUGAUAAUAAUAGACUUUAUAGUAAUAGACCAUAUAGUAUAUAUUAAUAGAUCAUUCUUUCAUUUAGUACAUUUGAAUAGUCUAUCAAUAGUCAAGAAAACCAAUAAUUAUUUUAAUUAAAUAGUUAUUGCUAUUUAAAGACAAUAUCUUCAUUCAUAAAAGUUAAAAUAAGAUGUGAAGAUUUUACAACAGCAACUUACUUUUCUCUAUUGAAUGCAUAAUAGCUUGACACAUUGUUCUUCCAAAAACAGGGAAAAUUUUUCAUAUAUUUUUUUCCAAAAAAUGAUAUUUAAAAAUCGAUUUUGAA